GUUAGUUAGCCAGACAUUCUACUUUCUUCUCUGUAAAUCUACUCCUCUAUUUCGCUGGAAUAAUAACUUCGAUCCCCAACCCUUACAAGUGGUAUUCAGAGCCUUUCUUCCGGCAACAAUGGCGCCAGAACAAACUCACAAUACUCGCCUCUCUAUGCUUGAGGAGCAGAUGACUUCCGUCGACGAGCAGAUGAGCUCCGUCGUCGCUUCGAUCGCCGCCCUCCAGGACACACAACUUCGCCAUUCCCAGUCCUUCGACAAGAUUGAAGCAUCGCUGCAGAUGUUGUUGAACCGUUCAUCCUCCCCUCACAGCACCGCUGAACCGAGCGAUCGGAGUUUCGGCCGCCAUCAGCACCGGCGCACAUCAAUGGCGGAUCAUUAUCCUCGCCUCGAUCUUCCUUUCUUCAACGGUACAGAUCCUCACGCGUGGCUCCGGAAGUGUGCGAAGUAUUUCCAGAUCCAUUCUAUUCUCGACGCGGAGAAGGUGGAGUUGGCUUCCUUGUAUUUGGAGGGACGAGCGAAUAUUUGGUAUGAAGGCUGGUCCAGCAAUCGUCAGUUCUUCCAAUGGGACAUUUUCGUCGCUGAUCUUCUCUAUCGUUUUGGCGAUAAGGAUCAGCUCAACAUCGUCGGGGCGUUCAACAAACUCCGGCAGGACGGGUCAGUGUCGAAUUACCAGGAGGAAUUUGAGGAGCUUCGAGCUCGAAUGCUGCGAUUGAACCCCAACCUCACGGAAUCGUACUUUAUCAUGAGUUUUCUCAGCGGUCUCGAUGAGGAAAUCCAGCCUCGAGUUCAGAUGUUGAUGCCGCAGACGCUGCCCCUCGCUUUUCACCAAGCUCGUCUCGAGGAAAUGUCAAUUGCGGCCAGGAAAAAGAAGACUCGACCGCCAUUGAAGUGGUUGCCUCCAUCUCCUGCCCCACCGCCGAAGAAAUUUCCGUCUGAAACUUCCUCCAUGCCGUCUGUGGUUUCUGAUCAUCUGUCCAAUUCUCGCAAUCAGGGCCUCUGCUUCAAGUGUGGUGAUAAGUAUUUUUACGGACAUGUUUGUGCGAAGAAGAAACAGAUCCAAGUGCUUCAGGCGGACGAAUCGAUGGACGCAAGUGAUGAUGAGAUAGUGGAUCUAGUCUAGCCGGUUGCGGGUGCCGACGACGUUGAGGUUUCUUUGCAAGCUAUGGGAUCGGGAUCGACUGGUCGCGCGUUACAGAUUCCGGCGAGGGUCGGUCGCCAUGAGAUAGUCGUUCUGAUCGACACCGGCAGUAGUCACACUUUUCUCAGUGAAUCUCGAGCUUCCGAGUUACGUUGCCACCUCGACUCGGCACCGCCAAUGCGGGUGAAAGUUGCGAACGGGUCAUCGUUGCUCAGUAACUCGGUCUGUAGCGAUUUCCGUUGGAAGAUGCAGGGCACCCAGUUUGCGUUUGCUGUACGCACUCUGGACUUGCGGGCUCACGACUUGGUAUUGGGCCUCGAUUGGUUGGAAUCAGUUAGCCCAAUCCAAUUAGAUCUCAAACAACGGCAGAUGUCCUUUGAAUGGAAGGGGAAACAGCUGACUUUGCAGGGCCUUGUGGGAGAAGCCCAGUGUAAGUUGUUGUCGGGCAAAUCCUUCCACAAGCUAUUGAAGAAAAAGGUCACCCAAUU